CUUCAACACACGCGCAGGAAUAGCAGAGAGAUGCUGUAAGAUCAGGGCGACGGUGGUCUGGUGUCAGCGGGAACUGAGACCAUGCCAGUGACAGCCCCCAAUCCCUUUGAUGAGGACACCCCCCUAGACCGUCCCUCCCCUGAGGGGGGUAACCCUUUCCAGGAGGAUGAAGGGGAAGGCAAGAGGGACCCAAUGGGGUCAGACGCAAAGCGCAGAGGAACAUUGGAGAAGAUUGCUGGACUGUCACCUUUCUGGAAAGGAGGAAAAAGUCUCUUAGGGGUCCGAGGAGCCCCAGAGAAAAGGAGGGGAAGGCGCAAGUCAGAGGAUGUGAGUCUCCUGUCUCUGGGGCGCAAGAAGGAGGGAGGUGAAGAGGAGGGAGGGGGUCCUGGCGGAGGGGUGAAGCGGCUCUCCUUCCUGUGGCUUGGUGGAGGAGGAGGAGGUGCAGGCAACCGGUCACGGAGGGAGUCCAUGGUGGAAGUGUUGCCAGAACGUAACGAAGUGAUCCGGGAACCAGAGAAGACGCGAGAGCCUCUGUCAGUGCUGGAAAUUCUCCACCUCAUCCAGCAUCGGGAACUGCGAUCAGCCGACCAGCAUAUUAUAGAACUGGAAGCUGAAUGUGACGGAGACUCCAGUCCUGGGACUCUCAAGAGUCCGGGUCGUCAGGCCAAGGACGUGACUCUGCUGUAUGAAGCUCUGAUGAAGGAGAUGUGGGCCGUGGUAGAUGAGUCUCUGAACAAUAAAGGAAAACAUCUAAAACUUGAUGAAGUUAUUGGUGUCAUCCAGCAGGAAGAGGCCAGAGAGGGCCCGCCAGGUACAAAGAACAUGAGGGCCAACUGGGUGAAGGCGGUGGGAAGAAGCGUGGAGCAGCGGUUGAAGAGUAACUUGGAGGGGAAGAUGGGUUCACUGCCGUCUCAGGCCACCCGAGUGAAGAGGGUCGUGUUGGAAGACCUGACCACCAUAAAGAACUACCUGGUCUGCUCUUAUCCCAGGGACUUCGAGGUGUUCCGGAUCUACCACUCAGCUUAUCACCGUAGAAUUUCUGAUUGGCUGAGCGCUGCAGCCCAGCGUAAUCUGGAGACCAAUGACAUUUACUUCAUUCUAGACUGGAACAGUAACAUCUACUGCAGGGAUGUCCUGUCCAGGCCAGAGAUAUCUUCUCUCAUCAACCCUUCUGACCUGGAGCCACUACUGAGCAGUGAGACGCGGAAGAUGCUGGAGCAGCAAUAUGUCAGCUUAGUACAGCAACGAGCGUCCCAGAGAUUAGAGGAAGAAUUAAAAUUGGAACAAGAGCGCUGGAAACAGGAAUUUAAGAAUGAUGAUCUAUCAAACUUCAGUGGAAGAGUGAUUCAGAUAAUGAAGCCACAUGUAGAUCGGGCUCCGCUGAUAAAUGAGGAGUUUGGGAUGAUGAUGGCUGAUACCUGUCUGAGCUGCUUUUCGGACUUCUUGCACAGUUUCCAUAAGACAGUGGAGCAAUUUUACUCCGAGCAGAAUGGGCUGGCCGACACCACCGACGCGUUCAUUUGCCGAGUCAUUAACAUUGUCAACUGCUGUCCCACCUUCCGGGAAUUUGCCAGUCGGAUGGCGCAGCUAGCUAAAACGCAUGGGGCGGAGCUUCUGCAUGAAUCCGAGGGAUCUUUAGAUGGAAUCACUGGACUUGGCACUCAAGGGAUGUGUGAUCUCGUACUGCACGAUAUGAAGCCAUUUUCCCGAAAAGUCCUGGGCCGGCGGUGGUUGAAUAGCUCAGACGCGUGUGAUGGGAUGACGUCUAUCCUGGCAGAUAGUUCAAAUGCCCUACGCAAGCUUAGCCAAGGACCCUACCAGGCUACAGUGUCCGAGCUCCAUCGCAAGGUCAUGUUGGAGCUGGUCCGCCCUCUCAUACAAGGCAAACUAUCUUGUACAGCUACCAAGACACGGAGGAAAGUAGCCAGCAAGCUGAGAGAGGAGUCCAGGCAGCUUGGGCAGAUGUUCAGCAAGUUGGAAUCUCCACAGUCCACCUUGGAGCAGGUGAUCCCACGUCUUACUGAGAUACUCACCUUAGAGGACACAGCGUCCAUUCAGAUGGAGGUUGCAAUGUUGGUCUCAGACUUUCCUGAUUUCAGGAAGCGCCAUCUGUCUUCCCUGUUGGAUGUCCGGGGCUUGUGGGACCCAAGCGCCAGGCAGCAGAUUUUGGGUGUCCUCCAUGACCUGGAGAGUGCAGAUUGUCUUUUGCCAUGCCGUGGCACUCCAGGCUUCUUCUCUGACAUUGCCAUCACACGAGACACCCACUGCAUCAACGUUAGCUUCUCAAGAGCUUCGCAAUUUGGUCGCAGAACCUUGAGUCACCUCAGCCGACGAGGAAGAGUCACUACAAGCCAAACUGGAAGUGUACUGAGACCUGGGGAGGAGGACACACAGCUGUAGAGAAGGCUCCACCAUUGAGAGGUGUCCACACCGGCAGCAGUCUAUGGAAAUCAUUAUCAAUCCACAUUUCUGCCUGCAAGUGUCUGAAUUAGCUGUCUUGCUGGUAGAGCUGAUAAGGAGACACUGUCAUAUUAUCCUGAUACUCGUAUUUAUCUUUAUUUGAAUAUAGAGGAUGUGAGGGGAUGUAGGGCGCCUCCUCUGUGCCUCCUCUGCACAUAUAAAUAAAUGAUUAUUGAGGCACCACAUGUGGAUAGCUGAUACUGGGAGUGUUCCGUGAACGGCUCCGGUGUCUUUGGAGGAACUGUGCAAUUAUGUGAACGUUAUGUGUGGACCAGAGACUCACAAGUGCUGCCGUGCGCCGUGGUUUCCUGUUCGUGUAUAUGCAGAAUAUAUAUUAAAGAUGAAAUAAUUUAACAAUG